GACAUUUUUGCACGUACUUGAACUUUAAAAUAAUUAAGUAUUCAGGCUUUAUCAUAACAACCUAACUUUUUCUUCUUCCUAAGCGAAAACUAGUUAUACACGUUUCAAUUGUGACGAAUAGACUGAUACACGAUUAAAUACAUUUAUUCGUAAUAUGUGCUCAAAGUUAAAAUAUUAACAUUAUAAGCAAUGUCGUUUUCUAUUCCUCUUUUACAAUUUGUAGCUUUUUUGGAUCUAUUAGCAGUUGGGCUCAUAGUGCCAUUGAUACCUAACCAUGUGCGACAGAUGGGAGGCAACCAUAUUUAUAUUGGCCUUCUUGGCUCAAUAUAUGCAGGUUUCCAGUUGGGCUCAGGCCCAGUCAUGGGUAGCUUAAGUGACCUGAAAGGACGGAAACAGAUUCUAAUUUUAACAUUAUUAGUGUGUGGUGCAGCUUAUUUGGUAUUAGGAUUAACAAAUUCUAUUGCAAUUAUUUUACUGAUGAGAGCAGUUUUAGGUUUUUUCAAACAAACACAGUUAUUGACGAAGGCAUUGGUUCCUGAUUAUGAGAAAGAUGACAAAAAACAGUCUGUGAUAUAUGGAAAAAUGGCUGCCAUAUCUGGAGUGGGGAUUACAUUAGGACCUGUUAUUGGUGGUCAUAUUGUAGAAGAUUAUCCGAUUCAUGGGUUUACUAUUAUAGGUCUUAUAGUAUGCAUCUGCUUUAUAGUGAAUGCUGGUCUUGUUUAUCAGCUACCAAAAGUCAAUGUGUCUGUAAGAAGAAAUUCUAAUUCUAAAAAUUCAUCACAAAAUAUUUUACAGUCCCUCCUAUCUUGUAGUAAACAAUCAUUUGUACUGUUGUCUAAAGUAGAAUGGUCAAAAUAUUGGAUUGUAUUCACAUUUCAAGCCCUUAAUAGUUUUGCAAUGGGUGUUUAUUAUUCAAAUUAUGGACUGUACUUAAAAACUCAAUAUGGACUUACACCAAAACACAUUGGAUAUGUUGUUUCCUUGCAAGGUGUUAUUGGUGCAAUAUCUAGUUUUAUGAUGGGUUACAUUAACAGUUUUUACACUAGUGACAAAGAUUAUAGCAUACGAAAUUAUCAUGUAUUUGUUCUGUUAUGCACAUCAUUGUUAGGAAUAUGUUUAUCUGUUAACGUUUUUAUGUAUACUGUUUUAUUAAUUCCACUAGCAAUUGCUAAUGCAGUAGGCAGGCUAGUUACUUUAGAAAUGAUAUUGAAGAGGAGUCAUGGAGAUCAUAGAGGGACAUUAAUAGGAGCUUCAAAUAGUGUAAGAUCCUUAUCUGGUGUUGUUGCACCAUUAUCUGCUGGCUUUAUUGGUGAAUUCUUUGGUGUGGGAUAUGUUUUAUAUGCUUCAUUUGCUGCAGUAUUUAUAGGAUUUAUGUUGAGUUAUCAGUUCAAGAGUAAACGGAUAAAAUUAGAUUAAUAACAUUUCACACAUUGAUAAACCCACUUCAUAAAUGGAUUAGUUAAUGUUAAAUUAAAUUUGUUAAAAAAUUUA